GAUCUCUAACUAUACUCUAUUUGGCUUCUCAUAAGGCACUGAAAUGGCAGCAGCACCAGGGACUGCUUCCUCCAGGGAUGACAAUUGAUUUGUUCAGAGGUAAAGCAGCCGUGAAAGAUGUAGAAGAAGAAAAGUUCCCCACACAGCUGAGCAGACACAUUAAGUUUGGCCAGAAGUCACACGUGGAAUGUGCUAGGUUUUCUCCAGAUGGUCAAUAUCUUGUAACAGGCUCUGUGGAUGGAUUCAUUGAAGUGUGGAAUUUCACUACUGGAAAGAUCAGGAAGGAUCUGAAAUACCAAGCACAAGAUAAUUUUAUGAUGAUGGAUGAUGCAGUUCUGUGCAUGUGUUUCAGUAGAGACACAGAAAUGUUAGCAACUGGAGCACAAGAUGGGAAGAUCAAGGUGUGGAAGAUUCAGAGUGGGCAAUGUCUGAGGAGAUUUGAACGAGCUCACAGUAAAGGUGUCACCUGCCUCAGUUUCUCUAAAGACAGCAGUCAGAUUCUUAGUGCUUCUUUUGAUCAGACAAUCAGGAUUCAUGGCUUAAAAUCGGGAAAAACUCUGAAGGAAUUCCGUGGUCAUUCUUCAUUUGUUAAUGAAGCUACUUUUACACAGGAUGGUCACUAUAUUAUCAGUGCGUCCUCUGAUGGCACAGUGAAGAUUUGGAAUAUGAAGACAACUGAGUGCUCCAACACCUUCAAAUCUCUUGGCAGCACUGCAGGAACGGACAUCACCGUGAAUAGCGUGGUUCUGCUGCCUAAAAAUCCAGAACACUUUGUUGUUUGCAACAGAUCAAACACAGUGGUCAUCAUGAACAUGCAAGGACAAAUUGUAAGAAGCUUCAGCUCUGGUAAGAGAGAAGGAGGUGACUUUGUUUGCUGUGCCCUUUCACCACGUGGCGAAUGGAUCUACUGUGUGGGUGAAGACUUUGUGCUGUACUGUUUCAGCACAGUGACUGGCAAGCUGGAGAGAACUCUGACAGUUCAUGAAAAGGAUGUAAUUGGCAUCGCUCAUCAUCCCCAUCAGAACUUGAUCGCCACCUACAGUGAAGACGGCCUCUUGAAACUCUGGAAACCUUAACUGUUUUUAACUUGCUUUGGAGCAUGCUUCUUAAUGAAGGGCUGAACAUGUUCAUGCUUUUAUGAGUCCAAAUAUGCUGAGUAUAAUUUUCAGUUCAGGAGCCCAGAACUGUGUUUCAGUACUUAGUCUAAAUUAGCUGUACAAUGUCAGUGCAUAGAACACUUUCAUUACCCUGUAUCUGGGUAGUUAAAGCAGUUUAUUCUGUCUUGUGAAGUCUGUACCUUUCUUUUGUGCUGUUUAUAGAUGGAAAAACAUCCAUCAAUUUAUAAAUGAUUGACUUUCUAAGAAGUGUA